AUGGAUGCAUGGAAUCAUAAAGUGAAGGAGACAAUUGUUUGUGUCUGGACCGAUCAGGUUAGACACCUUGGAAAUACAACAACUAACCGAGUUAAGUCUUCCCAUGCUAGAUUGAAGAAUCGGUUGGGAAAUAUUAAGGGCGAUUUAUGUAGAGAUUGGGACUCCGUGAACCAAAUGAUUCAGAACCAGCAUAAUGAUAUACAUACAUCAUUUGGUCGGACCAUCACAGUUUUGGAACACAAAUUUAAGGUCAACAAUCUUUACUCUCAAUUGGUCAGCAACAUAUCUCGAGCGGGUUUGAAUUAUAAUUUUCAUGAAGUAAAACGAGCUGAUAAUGUAGGUUCCAACAGCGCAAAGUAUGGAUGCACAAUUGUGAAAAUAUAUGGUCUCUCAUGUGCUUGUGUUAUUGCAAAAAAGGUGAAGUUUGGUAACCCGAUAAGAAUGGAUGAGGUUUGCACUCACUGGAAGAGGCUUAGGUUUGAUGAUGAUGGUGUCAUGAAAGACGGUAAAUCGAAUAUAUCUAUCUUAACCAAAUGGGAAGUGAUACAAGAUAGAUUUUUGAAAUCAGAUGACAACAUGAAACUCCAUGUCAAAGAACAAUUGAGGAAGGUUGAUUAUCCGGAAACCAGCGACUUGAAACCACCCUCUCAACCUGUAAAAAAAAUAUGCUCCAAAGAAGCUCAAGUCUACACCAAGUGA